AAUUGUUAAAGUUUAUGUUUUCCUCUUCUUUUUUUAGUGGUUCAGUUCAGUUGAUAACAAGUAGAUAAACCCAGUUGAUGAUUUUGCCUGGCUCGGGCGUAGCUAGCUCUUAUUUAACUUUUGUGGCUGCUAUUUUUUUCAAUCUCCAAGACUCCACCGAGUUUUGUUCUUGAUAUUGUCAGUUACUCAUCAUGAUUCUUCCCUGUCAGAAGUCAGAACCUCAUUCCACUUGUUUUUGUCUACAAACCACAAUCCAUCCAUAAAGUUUCUUACUUUCUCUUCUUCUUGGGCACCACAGCAGGUCCAGGAGCAGCAGCCAUCUUGAUUCUUGUGACGACAAUGGUGCUGAAGGUGGACCUUCAGUGUCACAAAUGCUAUAAGAAAGUCAAAAAAGUUCUCUGCAAAUUCCCUCGAGAAAUACGAGACCAGACAUACGACGAGAAGCAAAACCAAGUGGUCAUCAAAGUGGUAUGCUGCAGUCCAGAGAAGAUAAGGGAUAGGAUAUGCUGCAAAGGUGGGGGAGCUAUCAAGAGCAUUGAGAUCAAAGAGCCUGAGAAGCCCAAACCACAGCCGCCCAAACCACAGCCACCCAAACCCGUAGAUCCCCCACCAAACCCUCCGCCUCCGCGUGUUCCUGCAUGCCACCCACCGCCUAAACCAGUGAACGUGAACGCGUGCUGUAUGGAUUGUUACCAUGGGCAUCCUGGUGGGCCAUGCCAGACUGGCUAUGGCAGAGUAGCCCUAUGCAUCCAGUAUGAUGGUUACUAUGGAAGGCCUGUGUACGACAGUUGUGGCGGUUGCAGGAGCUACAAUACUAACUAUUGUGUUGCCCGCUCUGACUGUUGCAGUGAAGAAAAUCCCCAAGGCUGCACAGUCAUGUGACUGGGAAUAUGGUGCACUGCGGAAGUUCAUUUGGGUUUGGAGUUUCAGGGACAUAAAUUAUAUAUAUGUAAAUCAUCUUCAAUCUUGGGUCA